AUGGCUUCCAAGGGCGGUCUUCUUCCCAUAACCAGAGCUUUUCUUUCUUCUUACUAUGAUAAACACCCAUUUCCCACCAUUUCCGAUCAUGUGCCUCGCCUUUCUCACCACCUUUACAACUUGUCCAACCAUCUGUGCACCACUACUACUUCUCUUCCUCAAGGAGAAAGAUUGUUGCUAAAAGAAGUGGAGAUGCUCCCACCACAUAAAAUUGAUGAGAAUAUGUGGAAAAACCGUGAGCAUAUUGAAGAAAUCAUUUUCUUGCUGGAAAGCUCUCAUUGGCCAAAACCGCUUCAACAACAGUCCACACCUGAAGAUGUUGAACUUGCGCACCUUCUUACACGCCUAACAGAAAAAUGUCAAGGCACAUUGAAGCUUUUGGAAUCCAUCCAAUCCAAGAGUGCUGAAAAUGUGUUCAACACAGUUAUGACCUAUAUGCCCCAAGACUUUCGAGGUGCACUGAUUAGAAAACAGAGAGAGCGCUCCGAGAGGAAUAAGAAAGCUGAAGUGGAUGCUAUAGUAAAUUCUGGUGGAAGCAUACGUGAUCGAUAUGCUCUGCUAUGGAAACAGCAAAUGGAACGGAGAAGACAGUUGGCUCAGCUUGGUUCUGCUGGAGGUGUCUACAAAACAGUUGUGAAAUACUUAGUAGGCGUACCACAGGUUCUAUUGGAUUUUGUUCGGCAGAUCAAUGAUGAUCAAGGGCCGAUGGAGGAACAACGACAUCGCUAUGGACCACCUGUGUAUGCCCUUGCAAAAUUAGUGCUCAAUAUUCACCUUUUUCUUUCUUUGUCAUGGUGGCGCUUCGAAGAUAUUAAAUGGCAGAAACAUCAAAUAUCUAUCUUAGAAGAAGCGGUUGAUGUCUAUACGUCCGAGAUGGAAAGAUUCCUCAAAUUCAUUGGGGAAGUGUUUGCAAAUUCUCCUUUCUUCGUUACAGCCGAGGAAGCCGGUGCAAGGUAUGUUAAAAAUGAUGAGUAUAGAGAAUCAAGUGUUCCUGCUGGGAAAAGUUAUGAGGUUUCACUAGAGGUGGAAUCAGUAAAUUCAUACAUUGCUUGGGAUUUCUCCGUAGCACAAGGGAAAAUUAGCAUGGACAUUGGAUUCAGCAUAGAGUACACAAAUUCUUUGGGACAGAAAACACUGAUGUUGCCUUACCGGCGGUACGAGUAUGACCAAGGUAACCUGUGCACACUCAUGGCUGGCAAGUACAAGCUCAUUUGGGAUAAUUCAUUUUCAACAUUCUUCAGAAAGGCCCUUCGAUACAAGGUGGACUGUAUACCACCGGUUGUCGAAGCAGCUGCAAGUGAUCAAGGGUAAAGUUGAUAUAUGUAUGUAU